AUGGAAUCCGCAUAUGACUUUGUGGUGGUCGGAGGCGGGCCUGCGGGCUGUGCACUUGCGUAUGGCUUGGCUCACUCUCCCAAAAACCCCAAGGUUCUCUUGCUCGAGGCCGGUGGGAGAAAUGCGGACCCAAACCUCCGGGUCGAUGGGCAGCGUUGGUUGACCUUCACGAACAAGGACUUGAACUGGGGUUACAUGACAACACCCCAAGUUCACUGCGGCAAUCGAGAGCUCGACUAUUCUAGGGGCCUUGGUCUCGGCGGAUCUAGCGCUAUCAACUUUGGUGUCUUCAGUAUCGGCGCCCGAGACGAUUACGAGGAGUGGGCACGCAUUGCGGGCGACGAUGCGUUCCGCUGGGCGCCAGUCCAAGAACGCCUCAAGCGCUUGGAGACGUUUCACGGCGCCCUUCCCACUGGCAUUGGCACUAAGUACGCAUCGCCCAGGACCUCGGACCAUGGCUCGUCCGGUCCUCUUCACGUCGGGUAUCCUGCCGAGUGCGAGGCCGACCUCGUGCCGCUGCUCGAUGCCUUCGAGCAAGCCGGAUACCCGCUGAACCCUGACCACAAUUCCGGCAACCCAAUCGGCAUGUCCUUGCUGAUCAGCUCGGCACACAAAGGGCAACGCUCCACAGCCCAAGACCUGCUCACCCCCUGCCCAGAGAACCUCACCGUCUUGGCUGAGGCACCAGUGCAGCGGGUCCUGUUGGAGGGUAAAAGGGCGAUUGGGGUUGAGGCGAAUGGGAAGGCUUAUUUGGCUUCCAAGCAGGUCAUCUUGGCGGCCGGUGCCCUCAACACUCCGCGAAUCCUUAUGCACUCUGGAAUUGGACCGAAGGAGCAGCUUGAGCAAUACAAUAUCCCCGUGGUCCACGAUGUCCCGGCCAUCGGCCAAGGUCUCCGGGACCACGCCUUCUGCCCGCUGGUCUACACCCGCACGGAAGCCAGCACUGCUCGUCACGGCUUCUACGGCAACCAGGCGGCCAUGGACGCCGCCUUGCAAGAGUGGAAGCAACAUGGCACGGGACCAUGGACCAAGUUUGCUACCACGAUGGGCAUCGGCUUCUUCAAACUGGAGAGACUUCCCUCCUCGGACGAGUUCAAGUCGCUGCCUGAGGAGGAACAAAGAUAUCUCAACUCGGAGACAGUGCCGCAUUACGAAAUCUUCACGCACUUCCCAAUUCACUGGUUCCUCCCCGGCUUCCGAAACGAAGACCUCAACUACUCCUGCCUGCUCGUCUUCCUAUACAACGCCCAGGGCCGGGGAACCGUGACUCUGCAGUCGUCCGACCCCAACGUCCCGCUUCUCUUCGACCCCAAGUUCCUCGAGCAUCCCUUUGACCGUCGCAGCGCCAUCGAGUCACUUCGCGAGGUCUUGCGUUUUACAAGAACCGAGGCAUACGCCAAGGAUACGGUCUCGACCCUCGCGGCGCCCAAGUCAGACUCGGAUGAGGAUCUGCUAGAGUACUGGGCGCAGACCAUCGGGUCCAGCUGGCAUAUGACCGGCACAGUCAAAAUGGGUAAGCCAGGUGACGCCGACGUCGCGGUGGAUAAUGAUUUCCGGGUUGUGGGCGUCGAAGGGCUGCGCGUCGCCGACAUGAGCGUCGUUCCGGUGCUGCCGAGUUGCCAUGUGCAAGCCGUCGCGUACAUUACCGGCGCUAUAUGUGCCGAGAAACUCGUCAAAGACUAUGGUCUUGAGUAG